CCCUGCGAGUAUGGCUGAAGAGAGACAGUGGCCAAUAUUGGCCCAGCAUUUACCACACCAUGGCCUCUCCGUGCUCUACCAUGGCUUACCAUCAUGACAGCAGACGGAUAUUUGUGGGCCAGGAUAAUGGAGCCAUGAUGGAAUUUCACGUGUCUGAAGAUUUUAAUAAAAUGAAUUUUAUCAAGACCUAUCCAGCUCACCAGAACAGGGUGUCUGCCAUCAUCUUCAGCGCGGCCACCGAGUGGGUGAUCAGCACUGGCCACGACAAGUGUGUGAGCUGGAUGUGCACGCGGAGCGGGAACAUGCUGGGGCGGCACCUGUCCUCCUCCUGGGCCUCGUGUUUACAAUAUGACUUUGAUACUCAAUACGCUUUUGUUGGUGAUUAUUCUGGACAGAUCACCCUGCUGAAACUUGAACAGAACACGUGUUCAGUUAUCACAACCCUCAAAGGUCAUGAAGGUGGUGUUGCCUGCCUCUGGUGGGACCCUAUUCAGCGGUUACUCUUCUCAGGAGCAUCGGACAACAGCAUCAUCAUGUGGGACAUCGGAGGCAGGAAAGGCCGGACGCUCUUGCUUCAGGGCCACCAUGACAAGGUGCAGUCACUGUGUUACCUUCAGCUCACAAGGCAGCUGGUCUCCUGCUCCUCCGAUGGUGGAAUUGCAGUGUGGAACAUGGACGUGAGUAGAGAGGAGGCUCCUCAGUGGUUGGAAAGUGAUUCCUGUCAGAAAUGUGAGCAGCCCUUUUUCUGGAACAUAAAGCAGAUGUGGGACACAAAGACCCUGGGCUUGAGACAGCAUCACUGCCGGAAGUGCGGGCUGGCCGUGUGUGGCAAGUGUAGCAGCAAGCGCUCCAGCUACCCCGUCAUGGGCUUCGAGUUCCAGGUCCGAGUGUGCGACUCAUGUUACGACUCCAUAAAAGAGGAAGAUCGGACUUCUCUAGCAACCUUCCACGAAGGGAAGCACAACAUUUCCCACAUGUCCAUGGACGUUGCCCGGGGACUGAUGGUGACGUGCGGGACGGACCGUGUGGUAAAGAUCUGGGACAUGACGCCGGUGGUGGGCUGCAGUCUGGCAACUGGAUUUUCCCCACGCUGAUACCGGGAGCUGCUGACGUCUACACCUUACAACCAGUGGCCUCCACCAGACGAAACCUUUCCGUGUAGUCCAUGGCCACUGUCCUGUGAAGGACAGUGACCACUCAAAAACAUUUUUCUAAAGAAAACAAUAUAAAGGAACUCACCUGUGGGAACCAGCAUGGGAAAGGUCUGUGGCGGUUCCAGAGGAGUCGAAUGGCAUCAUUGAAACUUCCUUGUGAACUGUGAGCUCGUGGGUGAGGAGAGAGUUUUAGAGGGGAAAAAAAUGAACAAAAAAAUUUAAGUUUAGAACUUUCUUAACACUGUCCCAAGCACAAACACAUACCACUUAGGCCAGCAGGUCUUCCGGGGUCCAGAGGCUCCCUGUUGUCAGAGCAGGAUUUGGGGGAGGGACGGAGUGAAGAAACCAGAGCCUGCCCUCCUUGCCCAGUGUGUGAAUGUGGCCCUCACUUCGCCGUACCUGCUGUCUCUCCAGGUUGUGCCACAGUCCACACAUAGCAUUUGGUCCAUUUCAGUGGCUGCCCUUCCGGAGAAAACUUUCCAUGUGUUACAAGCAAACUUUUCAGUCAUGAAACUUGUGCAGCAACCAAGUCCGUACACAUCCUUUCCUUCCCCCCAGUGCGCUCUGAGGAUGCUUUUCUAUGGUGCUGUUAACACAAGAGUCACCCAAGUCACCUGACAUUUCCUCACUGCAGCUAAGAUCGACCUUCAGAAAAGCCAGCUGCCAGCCCGAGGGCCAUGGGAAAUGAUCAGUGUGCUCCAUGGAACACGCAGACACGUUCUCAACAGACACGUUCUCUUCAUAGUCCCAAGAUGAGCUCCUGCGGUAUUGUGGCAAUUUAAUAUCCUCUUCAGGAAGGUACUCCAGAGCUCUGAAAUGAUGCUGACUUUUAGUCGGAAUGAGUGUUGUCCACAUUUCAUAGGCGGAAACUUGGUGGCCAGAGCUGCAAUCAUCAAUCAGAUCUUGUGCAGUAAUUCCUAACUUGUCAGUCACUUUCAUCAAAAGUAGCAAAAGUUGUUUUAAAAGCUGCUGUUUUAGAGCUUUGAACCCAAGUACUAGGAUAAGUCAAAGGUUAAGGCAUGGAGAGCCUAUCUUUUAAUAUUAAAAUAUCUAUCUCUGUUUGUUUGAACAAUGGCACAUGUAUCUGUUCCUUCAGGGCUAUGGGAGUGUUGAAGGACCUACUUUUUAAAAAAGGGCAAAUAUAAAAAUAGGAACAGUAUCUUUGUUAGUCUUACUAAUGGCUAUUGAUUUAAAAAAAAACCUGCAUCACUGUGUUGGGGUCAUCUUAAGACAACGUUGUCAUUCUGUAUUGUGAAACUAGUACUAAAUUUGGUCUUUAUCCAUGGCUUACAGGGAUAGAAGAGUUCAUGACCAGCAGUUAAAAUAAAAUUAAAAUAUGUUCUUGACUGUGAGACACAAGUGGGAAAGAAAGGAAAGGAAAGUCAGUCUGGCUUCUGAAUUCCAUAUUCUGGAAUGAUCUGCAUAAAAGCUGUCUUCAGAAGGAGGCCAGAAGGGUUUUUUGCUCC